GAAGCAGUUGGUUUUGAGUAUGGGAACAGCCUGCUGUGGACUCACGUCGAGAGCUGUGAAGUUUUUUUUCUACGGAAAAGAGCAUUAGUUGAACUUUUUUCCAGCAACAGUUGUUUCACGUUACUCCGCAGUUUAGCCUCAUUACGCCAACUAAACAAUGUCUUUCAUCCCAGGUCAACCGGUGACUGCUGUUGUGGAGCGGAUUGAGAUCCAGAAGUUACGACAAGACGGCAAUCUGAUCCUGGGCUUCAGCAUCGGAGGCGGUAUAGACCAGGACCCUGGACAAAACCCCUUCUCAGAGGACAAGACCGAUAAAGGCAUCUAUGUGACCAGGACUUCACCAGGAGGGCCAGCAGAGGCGGCUGGCUUAAAGGUUGGAGACAAAAUAAUGCAGGUGAAUGGUUGGGAUAUGACCAUGGUGACUCAUGACCAGGCUAGAAAAAAGCUAACAAAGAAGAACGAGGAUGUGGUGCGACUUUUGGUAACCAGGAAAUCAUUGGAAGACGCCGUCAAAAAGUCUAUGAACCCAUGUUACCCAAGACCAUAAUCUAGUGACACUACCUUAACAGACUAAUGCAAUAGCCAAGGACUGAAAUCAUUUAUAUAAUGCAGAGACCUCCAAGCUCGGAUCAUGAGCUCUGUGGCUGUUAUAACUACUUAGAUUGCAAUCAGAAUGUAUAAACACUACUUUUUCUUUCUUUCUUUCUUUCAUUCUUUCUUUCUUUCUUUCUUUCUCUCUUUUUCUUUCUUUCUUUCUUUCUUUCUUUCUUUCUUUCUUUCUCUCUUUCUCUCUUUUUCU